GUGACCAUAUUUCUUGCCAGCAAGGCCCGCCUCCUCUGCCACCUGCCCCGCCCCCACACAAGCAGCAUCCGUCCAUCACGUCCCUGAGUCGAAGCUCACUGGCCAAUCAGAGGAGCCCGAGCCCGCCGCCAUCAGCCGGCCUGGCGACCGACUUGCAGAGUACGGCGGAAUGCGUCCAGCUGCAGGACAGCUGGGUCCUGGGCAGCAAUGUGGCCCUGGAGAGCAGGCAUUUUCUUUUUAAAACGGGCACAGGAACAACACCUUUCUUUGGCACAGCCGCCCCCGGGUACACCAUGGCUACAGGGACGGUUUACUCCACACCGGCUCGACCUCUGCCCAGACACAGCCUCUCCAGAGGAGCUUUCAAGUUCAAGAAGUCGCCGAAACACUGCUCCUGGAAGUGCACUGCCCUGGUCGCCGUGGGGAUCGCUGUGGUUCUGUCCAUCGUCCUCUGCUACUGCAUAGCAAUGCACCUUUUUGGCCUCAAUUGGCAGCUCCAAGAGUUGGACAACCAGCCGGCUUUUGAAAACGGAGGAGUUGGGAAGACGGGGCCCACUCAGUCGAGCAUAGUGACAGCUCUGGCUGCUGACGGAAGGACUAACGUGCUGAAUCAGGAGAACAACUCCAUUGAUACGGGACAGGUGGACGUAGGGAAGAAGGCGGGUCAGAGCGUCCCACCGGGGGUGUUCUGGCGUUCUCAACUCAGCAUGGAGCUCCCACGCUUCCUGAAGUUCAACAUCUCGGUACAGAAGAACGCACUGAUAGGAGUCUAUGGAAGGAAAGGUCUCACACCCUCUCACACUCAGUACGACUUUGUGGAGCUGUUGGACGGCAGCCGGCUUAUCGCCAAAGAACAUCGGACUCAGAGUGAACCGGAGACGAGGGGACGGCAGGAUCACCCGGUCAGCGUGCACCAAGCCGGCUUCAUCCAGUACCUGGACUCAGGGGUGUGGCACCUGGCGUUUUAUAAUGACGGAAGAAACGCGGAGACAGUGUCCUAUAACACCAUCAUUCAGGAAUCUGUCACGGAGUGCACACACAACUGCUACGGGAACGGAGAGUGUGUGGCGGGAUCAUGCCACUGCUUCCCAGGAUUCAUUGGGCCGUACUGUUCCAGAGCCGCCUGUCCGGUGCUGUGCAGCGGUAACGGUCAGUACACCAGGGGGCGCUGCCAGUGCUACAGCGGGUGGAAAGGCACUGAGUGUGAUGUUCCUGCCUCCCAGUGUAUCGAUCCUCAAUGCGGGGGACACGGAUUGUGUGUGUCGGGCAACUGUGUGUGCAACAGCGGCCACAAAGGACCCAACUGUGAACAAGUUGACUGUGUGGACCCGAUUUGUUCCGGUCACGGAGCCUGUCAUCACAGUGAGUGCCACUGUAACCCGGGCUGGGGUGGCAUCAGCUGUGAGAUCCUGAAGAGCACUUGUCCAGAGCAGUGCUCCAGUCACGGCACCUUCAACACCGACUCGGGGACCUGCGUCUGCGAGGCCAACUGGACGGGGGCCGACUGCUCAAUAGAGGUGUGUGUGGUGGACUGUGGUCCUCGUGGCCUGUGCAUCAGCGGUGUGUGUCACUGCGAGGAGGGCUGGACAGGACCAGAGUGUGAGCAGAGGGACUGUCACCCACGCUGCAUCGACCACGGAGUCUGCCGAGAGGGCAAGUGUGACUGCCAUCAGGGCUGGACGGGUGAACAUUGCACCAUCGCCCUGGAUUCCAGAGUAUCAGGACCAGUCAAGAUAGGAUAUAAAGACGGCUGCCCCGGGCUGUGCAACAACAACGGGAGGUGCGUCCUGGAUCAGAACGUCUGGCAUUGCAUCUGCCAGUCAGGGUGGCGCGGGUUGGGAUGCGAUGUCGCCACGGAAACGCUCUGCUCAGAUGGCAAGGAUAACGAGGGAGAUGGACUUGUCGACUGCAUGGAUCCAGACUGCUGCACUCAGGUCUCGUGCCAGGGUCAGACGUACUGUCGCGGAUCACCUGACCCCGCUUCCAUCGCCGGCCAGAGCCAGAGUUCAGCCACCCAGCCCACAUCCAAGGGCUUCUACGACCGCGUCAGCUUUUUGAUUGGCCCCAGCGGCAGUCACGUGAUACCCUGGGAUAACCCGUUCAACAGCAGCCUGGCGUCAGUCAUCCGAGGUCAGGUCCUCACGGGAGACGGGACGCCGCUGAUCGGAGUCAACGUGUCCUUUCUGCACUACCCCGAGUACGGCUACACCAUCACCCGGCAGGACGGCAUGUUCGAUCUCUUGGCCAAUGGCGGUGCUUCUCUGACGCUGAGUUACGAGCGCGCCCCGUUCCCCUCGCUGCACCGCACUGUGUGGCUGCCCUGGAACGUUUUCCACGUGAUGGACACGGUGGUGAUGAAGCGUGAGGAGAACGACAUCCCCAGCUGCUACCUCACCGGCCUGAUCAGACCCAACCCCCUCAUCCUGGCCACGCCCCUCUCCACUCUGUACAAGACGUCCCCCGAGGACAGCCCCAUCAUCCCGGAGACCCAGGUCCUUCAUGAGCAAGUUGCUAUACCAGGCAGUGACCUGAACCUGGUCUACCUGAGCUCCAGGGCGCCUGGCUACAAGCCCAUCCUCAAGGUGCUGCUGACCCCGGACCGCCUCCCCUUCGGCCUGAUGAAGGUCCACCUGAUGGUGGCCGUCAUGGGCCGUCAGUUCCAGAAGUCUUUCCCUGCCUUCCCCGACCUCUCAUACACCUUCAUCUGGGAUAAAACAGACGCCUACAGUCAGAGGGUCUUUGGCCUCGCUGAGGCAAUGGUGUCGGUGGGAUAUGAAUACGAGUCAUGCCUUGAUGUGGUGCUCUGGGAGAAGAGGACUGCGGUGUUACAAGGCUAUGAACUCGAUGCAUCCACCAUGGGAGGGUGGAUGUUAGACAAACACCACAUAUUGGACAUCCAGAACGGUAUCCUUUACAAAGGCAGCGGGGAGAAUCAGUUCAUCUCGCUCCAGCCCCCGGUGAUUUCCACCGUCAUGGGGAACGGGCGGCGCCGGAGCAUCUCGUGCCCCAGCUGUAACGGACAGGCCAUGGGCAACAAGCUGCUGGCGCCCGUGGCUCUGGCGUGGGGCAUCGAUGGAAGUCUGUACGUCGGAGACUUCAACUACAUCCGACGCAUCUACCCAUCGGGAAAUGUCACAAGUAUAAUGGAGCUCAGUAACAACCCGGCACACCGCUAUUACCUGGCAACGGAUCCAGUCAGUGGCCAGCUGUUCGUGUCGGACACGAACUCCAGGAGGAUCUACAGACCCAAAAUCUUAAGUGGGACCAAGGAACUGCAGGCGAAUGCAGAGGUGGUGGCAGGGACAGGAGAGCACUGCCUGCCCUUUGAUGAGAACCACUGUGGAGACGGAGGAAAAGCUCCAGAGGCCUUCCUCACCGGACCCAAAGGCAUCGCUGUGGGCAAGAACGGCCUGAUAUAUUUUGUGGAUGGCACCACGAUCAGAAAGGUGGACCAGAACGGCAUCAUCUCCACUUUCCUCGGCUCAAACGACCUGACAUCGGCUCGACCUCUGACCUGUGACAACAGCAUGGAUAUCAAUCAGGUGAUUCUGGAGUGGCCCACAGACCUUGCUGUCAGCCCCAUGGACAACUCUCUGUACAUCCUGGACAACAACAUUGUGCUGCGCAUCACGGAGAACGGCCAAGUGAGCAUCGCAGCUGGCCGACCCCUCCACUGCCCGCUGGCUGGCAUGGAGCGCGGCGUGGCCGGUGGUCAAAGGGCGCAGUUAACUCCCAUCGAAUCUGCUGUUGCCAUCGCCAUAUCUUACCAUGGAGCCAUCUACAUAGCGGAGACGGAUGAGAGGAAGAUGAGCAGGAUCCGAAAGGUUUCUGUGGAUGGUGAGAUAACGCAUUUGGCCGGAUCUCUCUCCGACUGCGAUUGCAAGAACGAUGCCAACUGUGACUGUUACCAGACAGGGGACGGCUAUGCCAAAGAUGCGAGGCUUAAUGCUCCAUCUUCUUUAGUGGCAGCUCCAGAUGGAACACUCUACGUGGCGGACCUGGGCAACAUCCGCAUCCGGGCCAUCACUAAAAACGGGCCAACUCCCAGCGCCAAUACAUUUGAGGUGGCUUCCCCUGAUGCCCAGGAGCUGUAUGUGUUUGACAGUAACGGCACCCACCAGCACACUGCUAGCCUGCUCACUGGUGACUUGAAAUUCACGUUCAGCUACAGCACAGAGAACGAUAUUACAGCCGUGACGGACAGCAGUGGAAACACUCUGAGGAUCCGCAGAGAUCCUAACCGCACACCGGUUCGUAUCGUCGCCCCUGAUAACCAGGUGAUCUGGCUAACCAUGGGCACUAAUGGUGGACUGAAAACACUCACAGCACAGGGCCAGGAGCUGGUGCUUCUCACCUACCAUGGUAACAACGGCCUGCUGGCCACAAAGACAUCAGAGAUUGGAUGGACGACUUUCUACGACUAUGACAGCGAAGGACGGCUGAUGAAUGUGACGUUCCCCACUGGGAUGGUGAACAACUUGUACACAGACAUAUUCAGCGCUCUGACGGUGGACAUCGAGAGCUCCAUGACAGACGAGGAAAUCAGCAUCACCACCAACACCUCCACCAUCCGUGCCUUCUACACUCUGGCUCAGGACCAAUGUAGAAGCAGCUAUCAAGUGGGCUUUGACAACUCGCUGAGGAUUACUUAUGCCAAUGGGAUGGAUACCCACUACCAGACAGAGCCCCACAUCCUGGCCGGCGCUGCCAACCCCACCGUAGCCAGGCGCAACAUGAGCCUGCCAGGGGAGAGUGGGCAGAACUUGGUAGAGUGGCGCUUCCGCAAAGAACAAGCCAGAGGCAAAGUUAUCGUGUUUGGACGCAAGCUUAGGGUGAACGGACGGAACAUUCUUUCUGUCGAUUACGAUCGCACCCUGAGGACGGAGAAGAUUUACGAUGACCACAGGAAAUUCCUCUUAAAGAUUAUAUACGACACAUCAGGUCACCCGGUGCUGUGGGUGCCCAGUAGUAAGCUACUGCCGGUUAAUGUGAGCCGCACCAGCAGUGGGCAAAUCAGCGCCCUGCAAAGAGGUCCCACCACGGAGAGACUGGAGUAUGAUAGUCAGGGCCGCCUGAUAUCCAGGGUGUUUGCUGAUGGGAAAAUAUGGAGUUACACCUACCUGGAGCAGUCCAUGGUUCUCCUGCUCCACAGUCAGCGGCAGUACAUAUUUGAUUUCGACUCUCUGGACCGUCUUUCUGCUGUCACGAUGCCAAGCGUAGCGCGCUACACCAUGCAGACCAUCCGCUCAGUGGGGUACUACAGGAAUCUUUAUCACCCCCCGGAGAGCAACGCCUCAGUGGCUGUGGACUACAGCGAAGACGGCCUUCUAAUGAGGAUCGCUCACCUCGGCACAGGCCGCAGGAUCCUGUACAGAUACAGGAGGCAGAACAAACUGGCAGAGAUCCUGUACGACAGCACCAGGGUCAGCUUCACCUACGACGAAACGGCAGGAGUGCUGAAGACCGUCAACCUGCAGAACGAGGGAUUCAUCUGCUCCAUCCGUUAUCGACAAGUGGGUCCGCUGGUGGACCGGCAGAUUUUCCGCUUCAGCGAGGAUGGCAUGGUCAAUGCCCGCUUCGACUACACCUACGACAGCAGCCUGCGAGUGACAAGCGUGCAAGGUGUCAUCAACGAAACACCGUUACCCAUCGAUCUGUACCAGUUUGAUGAUAUCUCGGGGAAAGUUGAGCAGUUUGGGAAGUUUGGGGUGAUUUACUACGAUAUAAAUCAGAUCAUAUCCACUGCAGUCAUGACCUACACCAAGCACUUCGAUGCACAUGGUCGCAUCAAGGAGAUCCAGUACGAGAUAUUCCGCUCCCUCAUGUACUGGAUCACUUUCCAGUAUGACGAUGUCGGGCGAGUCAUCAAGCGAGAGAUCAAGAUCGGCCCCUUCGCCAACACCACCAAGUACAGCUAUGAGUAUGAUGUUGACGGCCAGCUGCAGACUGUGUACCUGAACGAGAAAGUGAUGUGGCGCUACACGUAUGACCUUAAUGGGAAUCUGCAUCUGCUGAACGCAGGAAACAGUGCCAGGCUUCUUCCUCUGCGCUACGACUUGAGAGACCGAAUCACCCGCCUGGGAGACAUCCAGUACAGAAUGGAUGAAGACGGCUUCCUCCGUCAGAGAGGGGCAGAGAUCUUUGAGUACAACUCCAAAGGACUCUUGGUGCGGGUCUACAGUAAGAGCAGCAGCUGGACCAUUCAGUACCGCUACGAUGGACUGGGGCGCAGAGUGUCCACCAAGUCAAGCCUAGGCCAACACCUGCAGUACUUCUACGCAGACCUGAGUUACCCAGCUAGGAUUACACAUGUAUACAACCACUCCAGCUCAGAGAUCACGUCGCUCUACUACGACCUUCAAGGCCACCUGUUUGCUAUGGAGAUCAGCAGCGGGGAGGAGUUCUACAUCGCCUGUGAUAACACCGGCACUCCUCUGGCUGUCUUCACCAGCAACGGCCUCCUGGUCAAACAGCUGCAGUACACGGCGUACGGUGAGGUCUACUUCGACUCAAACCCAGACUUCCAGCUUGUGCUCGGGUUUCACGGAGGUCUGUACGAACCCCUGACCAAACUGCUGCACUUCGGGGAGCAGGAUUACGACAUUAUGUCUGGCAGAUGGACUCUUCCGGAUAUCUCUACUUUGCAAAAGAUGAGCAAAGAACCUGCUCCUUUUAAUCUCUACAUGUUUAGAAAUAACAACCCAAUCAGCAAAGUCCAUGAACUGAGAGAGUAUGUUGCAGAUGUGAACAGCUGGCUUGUCACCUUUGGCUUUCAUCUUCACAACACCAUCCCUGGGUUUCCGGUCCCUAAGUUUGACCUCAGUAUGCCAUCUUAUGAACUGAUGAAGAGUCAGCGCUGGGAUGAUCUGCCGUCUAUCUCUGGGGUCCAGCAGGAAGUUACCAGACAAGCGCACUCUCUCUUGUCAUUCGAACGGCUGCCAGAGGUCCAUCUCACUCGAGGUCGCAGAGGUGAAAAGUCUUGGCUGUGGUUCUCGGCGGCAAUGUCUCCCAUCGGAAGAGCCGUUAUGUUCGCCAUCUACAAGGGCAGCGUUCACACUCACACGCUCAAUGUGGCCGGUGAGGACUGCAUCAAGGUUGCAACAAUCCUUAACAAUGCUUUCUACUUGGAAGAACUCCACUUCACCAUAGAAGGACGAGACACACAUUACUUUGUCAAGCCUGGCCUUCCAGAUGCCGACCUUGCUUCGUUGCACCUCACUAGUGGACAUAAGACUCUGGAGAACGGUGUCAAUGUCACUGUUUCCCAGUCCACCACAGUCAUGGAUAGCCGGACUCGGCGUUUCGCAGAUGUGGAGAUUCAUGCCGGUGCCCUAGGUCUUCACAUCCGCUAUGGAUCCACGGUGGACGAGGAGAAAGUGCGGGUGGUUGAGUUCGCCCGUCAGCGCGCCCUCGCAGGUGCGUGGGCGAGGGAGCAGCAGCGGGUGAGGGAUGGAGAGGAAGGGGUCCGCCCCUGGACAGAGGGGGAGAAGAGGCAGCUUCUGAGUAGUGGAAAGGUUCUGGGGUUCGACGGGUACUAUGUGCUCUCCAUUGAGCAGUACCCAGAGUUAGCAGACAGUGCUAAUAACAUCCACUUUCUUCGGCAAAGUGAAAUCGGGAAGAGGUAACAAUAAGAGGGGCAUUUUCUGCCAAAGAGACUUAGUUUUGGUAGAGACUUUCAAGCGGACAAAUGAAAACAACUGUAAUCAAAGGUUGCUUCUACAGUAUGUAUCCUGAGUGUCGUGUGUUUUU